AUGAAUCGCCGAAUAUUGAGCCAAGCAGAAUUGGAGACAAUAGCUGAAAGGUUUGGAGAUACAGACAGUGAAGAUGAGACUCCAGCUACUAUCAGAGAAGAGGUCGAUGAUCUGAGCGAUGGCCCUAAUGAUCACAGUGAUCACGAUACUGAGUCAGAGAUAGAACACUCUUCUGAAGCAGAGGAAGAGUUUGACCAAGAACUGACUUCAGGAAACUGCUACUAUGGUCGAAACCGAUACAAGUGGUCUAAAACUCCACCUGCACCAUCUAGAGUCAGACAUAACAACAUCAUUCAUUUACCUGGUACUAGAGGACCAGCUCUAAAAAAUAAACCAAAUACUCCUUUAGAUGCUUGGUCUCUUCUGUUUACUCAGAAUAUAAUUGAUCUUAUUGUUGAACAUACCAACCAGAAGGUAACAGACUUAUCUGUAAGCUAUGGUGACACCGCAAGUUUUGUAAAUCACGUUGAUGAAACGGAAUUGAAAGCAUUUGUUGGUCUCAUGCUAUUGUGGGGUGUUUUCAAAUCUGGUCAUGAAGAUGUUGCCAGCUUAUUUGCAAUGACGGUACUGGCAGAGAUAUAUUUCGGGCAACCAUGA